AUGCACUCACAUGGCAUGUUUCGACUGCUUCCCUGGCCCUCUACUAUAGGAGGGAAUAAGGUGAUGGAGGAUGUCAAAAUGCUGGCUCCAAACUGCACUGAUAUCAACACACUGUCGCUGCCCCAGCUCAAGCGCAAACGUUCAGACUCCGACUCCGACGCGACCGAUGCGCCCGCCCCGACGAAAGUCUGCGCGGAUUCCAUUUCUUCGCACCCAACUCCGACCGUGAUCGCUGACUCGAUCACUUCCAACCCUUCUACUCCACCAACUUCGUCAAACUCAUCGGUCGCGUCCGCGUGCCCGCCGGCGCAGGACGCCGUCGUCGCCGGACCUAGUGUGACCCGACUUCGGGAAACCAUCACCGCCCAGCUGAGCUUGGAGGUGUUGCUCAAGCACAACGAACUUCGUCUUAUCGACCAGGAGAUUGCCAAGUGUCAAGUCGCUCUGGAACAGCUGCGACGCUGUGGCGAAAUCCCCUAUCCCGGAUCCCGUGUUGCGGGUGUCUCGCCGGAUGUGAGCUCGGGAACGGGCGCGUCAGUGCUGGCACCUGGAAAUGGUCCGGCACCGAUGUCGCCUGCUCCAUGGGGAGUAACCGAAGGCCCGUACGCCCGCCACUACGCCCGGUGGUUGCUUCCUGACCCUCGCUUUGACGGUGGUGAAGGCGACUCUGGGAUGGUGGCAAAUUCGCUGGUUGAGGGUCGAUCGACGCGUGGGAACCCCGGUGAGAUGGGCAUGCUGGCCGGCAAGAAUCGUCCCCAGCGAGGCUCAACUGCCACCAAGCAUACCGCACUGUCGACUGGUUACCCUGUGGUCAAGGAGAAGUCCGGGCCGAUGCUCAUCCGGCGCAAGUCGGAUGGUGUCCUGGUCAAGCUGGUCUGUCUGGACUGCCGGCGCGAUAACUUCUCCAGCACUCAAGGAUUUAUAAACCACUGUCGCAUCGCGCACAACCGCAACUUUGCCAGCCACGACGCUGCUGCCAUGGCGUGUGGCCAAUCUGUUCAGGUCGACGACGCCGGGAUUGUGGUCGGUGGCUCUGCUGAGCCCACUGCUAACCCAACAACCCCAGGCUACGUGCAUCCUCUGAUCCGCUCUACCCACGUUGCUACGACCCCUUGGAAAUCUCUUCAUACACCCGCUAAGGACCUUGUCACCCCUCGCAAACCGAAUCCGGCUACCACAUCCGUUGCCACUCCUCCCUCGACUGCUGAACCGACCUACCGACGACGCUCCGAGCCUAUCCGACAGCCUCCGAACCCCCAGUUUUUGGCUUCUCCUGCAACUCCUCAUCUGUCCGCUCUCAUGAAAUCCCGUGGUGCUGGUCUAGACAUGGACAAGUUGGUGGAAGAAUCCCGAAAGCCUGUCGAUCUUGGUCUUUUCGACGAUGACUCGGAAACAGAUGACUCUCGACUGUCGGCGGGAGCCAGGCAUACCUCCCUUGGUGCUCGCGCCGGUCGCCAGCUGAUGCGUAUGCCUGUUGGUCAAACCGCCGGAGAGUCUGAGAGCCGAAAGGCCCUGGAUCGCGCACACAGCCCGCCUACCGAGCAAGCAACCCCGUCGCGCCCACAGUCCUUUUUGGACAUUUCGCUCGCUGGCAAGUCCCAUUCAUUGCAGUCUCGGGAAUCGGACAGCAUGCAUCAUCAAACCCUCAGCCCUCACGCCAUCGAAUCCAACCAAGCCCCCAGUUUGGUCAGUGAUGAUGAAGAUGAUUACGAGGCAGCCUCCGACUCCGACAGCCCUGCACCGUCCGAAGCAGAUGAGCAGGAGCAGGAGUUCCGCCACAUCCACGUCGAGGACGACGAGCGCGCCGCUGCCCCGUCAGCUACCGCCGAAGCCAAGCCGGGACCCUCCCUCGCGAGUCCUGCGCCGCAAUCUGGGCCACCUCUGUCCCAGCCAUUGAAGCGUAGUCGCUCCAAGAAGAUCUCGUCCAUUGUCCCGUUCAGUGACAAUGACGAUCAGCAUGUGGGCUAUCCCUAUUCCGCUUCCGCAGAAAAUGCCGCCAAGGCCAAGCGUGCUGCCGAGCGCAAGCCCAAUCCGUCCAAGCGGUAA